GAGAGAGAGAGAGAGAGAGAGAGGGGGGGAACAAAAACAAAAAAAACAACAACGCAAAACAAGGCAACAGGCACCGGUCACACUCUACACAUUUCUGCCAUUGCAAUGAAAUGAGGGCACCAUGGGCGCCAAAGAGUCACGGAUAGGCUUCCUUUCGUUUGACGAGGCCGUUAAAAGAGUUACCGAUGUGGAGCUCAAACGUCUGCGAGAUGCCUUCAAGAGGACCAGUGGCCUGUCUGUCUAUAUGACCCAGCAAUGCUUCUACAGGGAAGUACUGGGCGAUGGAGUGCCACCAAAGGUUGCAGAGGUGAUCUACAGCUCUUUUGGUGGCACAUCUAAAGGGCUACACUUCAACUACCUGAUUGUUGGGCUGGUUCUGUUAACAAGAGGACGCGAUGAAGAGAAGGCCAAAUACAUCUUCAGCUUGUUCGCCAGUGAUUCGGGAGCCUAUGUGGUCCGGGAGGAUGUGGAGAACAUGCUACGUUCAGUGGAUGGGGAGGUCCCGCCCUCUCUUAGGAAGUGCUUCACGGAGGGAGAGAAAGUGAAUUAUGAGAAGUUUAAGAGCUGGCUCCUGCAGAAUAAAGAUGCUUUCGCAUUUUCCCGCUGGCUGCUGUCAGGUGGCGUGUGCGUCACGUUGACCGACGACAGCGACACACCCACCUUCUAUCAAACCCUGGCAGGUGUCACACACUUAGAAGAAUCGGACAUUAUCGACUUGGAAAAGCGCUACUGGCUGCUGAAAGCCCAAUCAAGGACAGGCCGUUUUGAUUUGGAAACCUUUGUCCCUCUGGUCUCGCCCCCUAUUCAUGCAUCGCUAAGUGAAGGCUUGUUUCAUGCCUUUGAUGAGAAUCGGGACAAUCAUAUUGACUUUAAGGAGAUAUCGUGCGGGCUCUCAGCUUGCUGUCGGGGCCCUGUAGCGGAAAGGCAGAAGUUUUGUUUUAAAGUGUUCGAUGUAGAUCGGGAUGGAGUUCUGUCCAGGGAUGAGAUCCAUGAGAUGGUGGUGGCGCUGCUGGAAGUGUGGAAGGACAACCGUACAGAUACCCUCCCCGAGUUUGAUUCCAGCGUGUCAGACAUUGUAGAGGACAUACUGAAAAUGCACGACACAACAAAACUCGGGCACUUAACCCUGGAGGACUAUCAGAUAUGGAGCGUGAAAAGUGCCCUCGCCAAUGAGUUCCUCAACUUGCUGUUUCAGGUGUGUCAUAUCGUCCUGGGCUUGCGUCCUGCUACCCCUGAAGAGGAAGGCCAGAUCAUUAGGGGUUGGCUGGAGCGGGAGAGCAGGCAUGGGCUACAGCCCGGUCAGAACUGGUUUCUGAUCUCCAUGCAGUGGUGGCAGCAGUGGAAAGACUAUGUCAGAUAUGAUAAUAAGUCGAUUGUCGUUGAGCAGCCAUCAAUUCAGGGCAGUGGGAUGAGAAGUUCUCAGUCUACAGCACCUAUAGAGCCUGUCCUGAACAGAGUUGGAAUAGUUGUGCGUUCUCCCAGUUCCACAGAAGAAAAAUUUCCUGAUAACAUCUCCAGCUCAUCGGAGGCUUCAGAGAGCACUGGUAAUAGCCUGACCCCACACACCAGUUCUUCUGCCACAGACGUCUGCUUCGCUCGGCAGCACAACGUCUCUGACAACAACAACCAGUGUUUCUCCAGUGUCAAUGGCCAUUUGCCCAACAGCAUGGUCACGCAGAGGCCCGGUGCCAUCGACAACCAGCCUCUGGUGACCACCGACCCCAUGAAGGCACCCACAUUGACUAUGGAGGGAGGGCGGCUGAAGAAGUCCCAACAGGUAUUGGCUAGCCGAGACUUUGAGACUGUGCCAGAGCCGGUAUGGAGGGCACUUUAUCACUGGUAUGGGGCCAACAUCAGUCUCCCACGACCGGUCAUCAUGUCUACAGUCACAGUUCACCCAGAGCUAGAGCUCUUCCCCCGCUACCUUCUGUUCCUGCGACAGCAACCGGCCACACGCAGCCCUCAGUCUAACAUCUGGGUUAAUAUGGGUAUGAGCAGCCUGCGAAUGUUCCCUCCACAUAUGCCCCGAGGAAAUGUUCCUUCUCCAAAUGCCCCUCUGAAGCGAGUGCUGGCAUACACGGGAUGUUUCAGCAGGAUGGGCACCAUUAAAGACAUUCAUGAUUACCUGUCCCAGAGGUUACGCAUAAAAGAAGAGGACAUGCGCCUCUGGCUCUACAAUAGUGAGAAUUACCUCACUCUCCUGGACGAUGAAGAUCACACUUUAGAAAGUUUGAAAAUUCAAGACGAACAGCACUUAGUCAUUGAGGUUCGAAACAAAGAUAUGAGCUGGCCAGAGGAAAUGUCUUUCAUUGCAAACAGCAGCAAAAUCGACAGACACAAAGUUCCUACUGAGAAAGGUGCCACAGGUUUGAGUAACCUGGGUAAUACAUGCUUCAUGAACUCCAGUAUUCAGUGUGUAAGCAACACCAAGCCCCUCACUGAGUAUUUCAUCUCAGGACGACACCUUUAUGAGCUUAACAGAACCAAUCCGAUAGGAAUGCGUGGUCACAUGGCCAAAUGCUAUGGUGAUUUGGUACAGGAACUCUGGAGCGGCACCCAAAAGAACGUUGCACCUCUAAAACUCAGGUGGACAAUAGCAAAGUAUGCACCAAGAUUCAAUGGCUUCCAGCAGCAAGACUCCCAGGAGCUUUUGGCAUUUCUCUUGGAUGGGCUUCACGAAGACUUGAAUCGCGUGCACGAGAAGCCGUACGUGGAGCUCAAGGAUAGUGAUGGACGCCCAGAUCAUGAAGUAGCCACAGAGGCCUGGGAAAACCAUUUGCGGAGAAAUCGUUCAAUUGUGGUGGACCUCUUCCAUGGGCAGCUCAGGUCCCAGGUCAAGUGCAAGACCUGCGGCCACAUCAGCGCCCGCUUCGACCCCUUUAACUUCCUAUCACUGCCGCUGCCCAUGGACAGCUCCAUGCACUUAGAAAUCACAGUUAUCAAACUUGAUGGCUCUACUCCGGUGCGUUACGGGCUCCGUCUCAACAUGGAUGAGAAGUACAUGGGCCUGAAGAAACAGCUGAGUGAGCUGUGCAGCCUGAAACCUGAGCAGAUCCUACUGGCUGAGGUUCAUACAUCCAACAUCAAGAACUUUCCUCAGGACAACCAGAAGGUGCGACACUCUGUGAACUGCUUCCUCUGUGCAUUUGAAAUCCCUGUGCCUGGCUCACCCACCUCAGUCACCUCUCCAGUGCAAACAGAAAAAACACCUACAGCCAAUGGGACAGCAGGAAACAAUCACAUUGGAAAGUCUGGCCUAAUUCCCAAUGGCAUGCCCAGCACAGUGGUCCCCUGUACCCCCGAAAAGCCCCUCGCCAAUGGUAUCCCUAAUGGCCAUGCUGUGCCGGUGCAAGACAGCCCCUUCAUUGGCUACAUCAUUGCCAUGCACAGAAAGAUGAUGAGGACGGAGCUGUACUUCCUGUCCUCUCAGAAGAACAGGCCCAGUCUGUUUGGCAUGCCGCUUAUUGUGCCGUGCACUGUGCACACAAGUAAAAAGGACCUGUAUGAUGCCGUGUGGAUCCAGGUGUCCCGACUUGCCAGCCCUCUUCCCCCACAGGAAGCCAGCAACCACGCUCAAGACUGUGAUGACAGUAUGGGCUACCAAUAUCCCUUCACUCUGCGGGUGGUGCAGAAAGAUGGUAAUUCCUGUGCCUGGUGUCCCUGGUACAGGUUCUGCAGAGGCUGCACGGUGGACUGUAAUGAAGACAGAGCAUCUUUGGGGAAUGCCUACAUCGCUGUAGACUGGGACCCCACUGCCCUGCACCUUCGCUACCAGACCUCUCAGGAAAGAAUAGUGGAAGAGCAUCCCAGUGUUGAGCAGAGUCGGCGUGCUCAGGCAGAGCCUAUCAGUCUGGACAGCUGCUUGAAAGCCUUCACCAGUGAAGAAGAGUUAGGGGAGGAUGAGCUCUAUUACUGCUCCAAGUGUAAGACCCACCGCCUGGCCACCAAGAAGCUGGACCUCUGGAGGCUGCCCCCCGUACUGAUUGUUCAUUUGAAACGCUUCCAGUUUGUCAAUGGUCGGUGGAUUAAAUCUCAGAAGAUUGUGAAGUUUCCACGCGAGAGCUUUGACCCCAGUGCGUUCCUAACCCCACGGGAGGUAGCUCAGAGCAUGGGCAGCUUGCAGAGCCUCCAAAGUGAAAGCCUGGUAGAGGAGCUCCAGAGACUGGAAAGAGGUGAUUCCUCCGUGUCCUCCAUCUCCACUACUACCGUGGCCAGUCCUCCCACCUCUGGCAGAGGCACCCCAUGCUCUAUCAGGAGGGUGUGCAGCCCAUUGAGCAGAAACAGCAGCCCUGGCAGCAGCCCCAGAAAUACAGGACGGAAACAGGGGCGUCUGCGUCUUCCACAGCUGGGCAGUAGGCAUCGACUCUGCAACAGCAAAGAAAACCUGGAUGCCUGUAGCAAUAGCAAGGAGAGCGAGACCGACUCAGAGCAGGGCACAGUAGUGACGGACGGGGAGAAUCAGAUGCCAUCUGAUUCAAAUGGGCAAGACACCUGGUCAUUGGACGCCUCAAGCAGCGACUGCGAUGUCAUCAUGGUGAAUGGACUGGCACAAGACAACAGUCAGAGUAAUGGACACACAGAGGUUAGCACAGACCUAGACACCCCUCACCAAAGAAAUGACAUCUGCCUGGAGCCCCUGUACAAUUUAUAUGCAAUCUCAUGUCAUUCAGGAAUAAUGGGAGGGGGUCACUAUGUGACUUAUGCUAAAAACCCCAAUGAAAAAUGGUACUGUUACAAUGACAGCAGCUGCAAGGAAGUUCACUCGGACGAGAUUGACACAGAUUCAGCUUACAUCCUGUUCUAUGAGCAACAGGGAGUGGACUACUCGCAGUUUCUGCCAAAAACAGAGGGCAAAAAGAUGGCAGACACCACUAGCAUGGACGAAGACUUUGAAUCUGACUACAAGAAGUACUGUGUGCUGCAGUGAUGCCAUGCUCUUCAACAUUAAAGACACUAGGGGGGCCUGUCAGUACGCCAGUGCAAUGAGGACUGAAACGGCAGAGCCAGAGGACCAUCAUUUGUGAAAGCUCAAAAUAUCAGUUAGCCGACAGGCCCAACACCGCCGCUGACUGUGCUUUCAGAAUAGAGGUACCUGACAAUUCAGAUACACGAGGGAGAGGGCGAAUGAGUGAAUCACAGAGAACUGUAGCGAUCGUGAUUGUUGCCAAGCAAACAAAUUACUGUUCGCCAAUCCCUUGAUAUCACCAUUACCAAACAGACAAAACUGCUCUUUCACAUGCCAACCGACAUAGGUGAAUCCAAAAAUCACAUAACAAGAGCUUGUGCUUCUGUAGUGCUACAUUUCUGAAUCCUAAUGGACAGAACAGAUUGUUUAAUUAGGAAACCGAUGGGGAAGAUGGUGUUGGUAUAAAUUAUAGAGCCCUAAAAAUGUUUGGUUGGCUUAGUUUAGUCAUAGUUGAUUUAUUUUCUUUUUUUCUACAGUAAAUUCCACACACUACCUCACAUCUUUUGGCCAACUGUUCAUAGAAAAUCCGUGUGACAGUAUUAUAUCAUCUGAGGGCAGUUGAAAUUAUUUUAUGGACAUAAUUCACUUCCAAAAAAAGUUCAGUUUAAAGACAAUUUCUGACAUUUAAUAGAAUAUCCUCCCACUCCCUGCUGCCAAAUUAUACAUAUGCUAUUUUUUUUUAUUUUUUUUUAGUUUUAAAUCUUAUUUAAGCGGAUUAUUUUGAGACAUUAUUUUUUAGAAGAGUAAAUGUAUAUCUUCUUUUUUUAUUUUUUUAUAAAUUUAUUUUUAUCAAUGUGAAUUUUUUUUUUUUUUUUAUGCGGUAGUUCACUUUGCCUAAACACGUUUGCUUACAGCUUUAGUCUUAGCAGUCUGAUCAAACCACGUCCUCUCAACAAUACCGCUGCUUUUUACACGUUUUCCUGUUACCACUGUAUUUUUUGCUUUACAAAAAACUGCUGACACGUGACCGGAGACUAAAAAUAGCAAACAGAUGCAUAUCCGAUUGUUUUCUCGUGCGUCCAAGCCAAAAUGUGUUCUGCUGGUCAUGUGCGUAAUCUGUGGGAAGCGUUGAAUACUGUUAGACAAGAGCAAAUGAACAGUAUUAGCACAGAAGAAUAUUUCACGACCCACGCUUUUAGAGAACAGCAUCCUCACUAAACUGCUGAAUGUUGUGGAUGUCUGUGUCGGAGGGUAUUCCAGGUUAUUAGUAGCAUUUCUUUAGACUCUUGAAAAGAGAGCCCAACUUAAUUACCACUGUGAAAUGAUGUAUGAAAUACUGAAUGGCUCUUAUUUUUCAGCAUUCAUCAAUUGAAUGAGCUCCUCCUGUGAGGGGACGUUAAACCCUUGGAAAUCAACGGGAUUCAUUCGCCCGCACCCAUUUUGCUGCUGUACUUUUCAGAUUUCCAUGGAUAUUCUAAACGUUAGCCAUCAAAGAAAGGUUUAUCCCUGUCGGAAAAAGAAAUUUAUGUGAAAUAAAACACAGGUGUGUUACUGUAAGGAAAAGAUUCAUCAUCAUAAUCCGUAAUGCGAAUAUGAUAAAUGGACUGUAGACGGUUUUUAGGUAUUUUAAUGUUGGACGAAAAAUAGAUAUCCAACAUCCAAAAUCAAAUGAUAUCACUCUUAAAUUAAUAUUGGCUGUUUGAUGUAUUACAAUUACAGUAACCACAAACAUGCUUUUUUUAUACAGGGAUAAUUUAUUAAAAUGGCAAAAUGAUCUCUUUUCAAGUAGUGCAAUCAACUACUGAUGUGUGUCUUUGUCUACGUCGUUAGUCCUAAUUUUGUUAAAUUAAUUUUGAUGAACUGCUAGAGAUGUAUUAAUUUAAUGAACUUUAUUUUGUAAAGUGUUGUUUAAAGAAUAAAAUUGACAUUGCACUGACAAAUGUACAUACAUGUUUUGUAAAUACGCCAAUGAAAAUGAACUGUACAAAUGUACUUGUAGUUGUAUAUGGAGUGAUGUCGAUCUGUAACAAUUAUUCAAGAAACAAAUUAAAUG